AUGGCGACUAGAAACAAAUCAGGAACCAAACAUGACGAACAUAGCGUGGAAACGCUCGCCGAAGUUUUUCGUUGCUUCAUUUGCAUGGAAAAACUCCGCGACGCCCAUCUAUGCCCGCACUGUUCCAAAUUAUGUUGCUACGUCUGCAUCCGCAGAUGGUUAACGGAACAGAGAUCGCAAUGUCCACAUUGCCGCGCCUCAUUGCAUUUGCACGAGCUCGUCAAUUGUCGUUGGGUCGAAGAAGUCACUCAGCAACUCGACACAUUGCAAGCUGUCAAUCUCAGUGGCAAUAGAAACGAAGAAAAUGAUAGAGAUAAAUGUUCGACGCAUCUAGAGAAACUGUCGGUCUAUUGCUGGACCUGUAGAUGCUGCAUUUGCCAUCAAUGCGCUCUCUGGGGUGGCACCCAUUCUGGCCAUACUUUUAAACCUCUAGAUGAAGUUUAUGAACAACACGUCACUCAAAUCAAAGACGAAAUUAUCCAAUUACGUAGACGAUUAAUGGAAUUAAUCAGUAUUGUACAAGAAGUAGAGAGAAAUGUAGAAACCGUUAGAUCCGCUAAAGAUGAGAGAGUGAGGGAAAUAAGAAACGCUGUUAAAGUAAUGAUAGCUCGAUUAGAUUCCCAAUUAAAAGCGAAAUUACUGACUUUAAUGGGUCAAAAGGACGCGCUGACGCAAGAAACUGAACAAUUAGAACAUCUAUUACACGAAAUCGAACAUCAAUUGCAUGUAUGUUCGAGAUCUGAACUUAUUUCUAAAAGUAGCGAAAUUUCUAGAAUGAUACACGCUAUCAGAAAGAAACCGAUGACCAGUUUUGUAACAGCUCCAGUUCCAGCAGAUUUUCCAAGCGAGAUAGUACCCAAUUACGAUACCAGUACUUUUAUCUUACACGGAUUCUCGCAGUUACAACGCAAGGCUGAUCCUAUUUAUUCGACACCAUUACAUUGUAAUGGUCUAUGUUGGCGAUUAAAAGUUUACCCAGAUGGAAAUGGAGUAGUCAGAGGGAAUUACCUGUCGGUAUUCUUGGAGCUUAGCGCUGGGUAUCCAGAAACUUCAAAGUACGAAUACCGAGUAGAAAUGGUCCACCAAGCCAGUCGAGAUUCAUCUAAAAACAUCGUUAGAGAAUUCGCUUCGGACUUUGAAGUAGGAGAAUGUUGGGGUUACAACAGAUUUUUCAGACUCGAUGUUUUAUCUAGCGAAGGUUAUUUAAACGAAACUUUAGAUACGCUCGUUUUAAGAUUUCAAGUUAGAGCCCCGACUUUCUACCAAAGAUGCCGGGACCAACAGUGGUAUAUAAAUCAACUUCAAACCGUCCAACACCAAUAUAUCACUCAGAUUAACGAAUCGAAGGAGCUGUUGGCGGCUGAGAUAUCUAGAAAUGCUAUGGCUGCUAGUAUGAGAAAGAAACCUAACGAUGUAGUGAAUUUGGCUUUGGUGAAAUCUCUUUACAAUCUACCCAGCCCUAUUAGAGAUAAUAGUCCUGCUCCGUCAACUUCGCAUGACGUUUCUAACGAUAAAUCUUUUUCGACAGAGUUGGCGAAUUUUGGUAAAAGUUUAGCUGGUACCAGUAAUCAAACUAAAACCGAUGAUUGUCCUUGUUCUUCGAAAACUACCGUUAAAAAACCGAAUUCGCCUCAUCGCUUAGGGCUUAGCGUUUCAUUGAGUUCUCCUAAUAUAUUAAAUACAGCCGUGUCUUCGUUAAUGCUAACUAGUAGCAGUAGUGAAAGUGAUUUAAGCGAACCCGAUUUCGAGCUACCCGAAGCGACAUCUAACGACGAAAACGACGUCGACGCUGAAACAAUGUCUGGAGAAAACGAUGUAGAGUACGCGGAAUUUUCUAUGGCGCAAAGAAUGCUGGCUAGAGAUCCGAGUUCAGCUAAUAGUAGCAUAGUAGGCGCAUCAGCACUUUCACCAACCGAAAUAGUCGGAAAUUUCGAAGAAAAAUUAAAACUAUUCCAUUUCUUCGAAAAUUCGGCAGCCAUUAAUCCAAAUCAAGAUCCGACGAAUACCUUACUGGAUCUCACUACUUCGAAUUUGGAUUUGGCUUUAUUGGGAACUAUUUCCAACGAUGCAGUUUCGAAUGACGUACUUACCACUGAAAAUAGGAAGAAAUUGAAGCAUCGAUUUAGACAUUUAGAUAUGGCUAAUCAAGGACCAAGUAACAACCAAACGAUUUGGAGCGAAACCGUUCCUAUUUCGCAGAUAACAAAAGAAUCCGUGAUGGGACCUUUAGAAUCGUUCUUGCGAUCGAUUAAUUGUUAUCCGGAACACGAUCAAUCUAGAAGGAAAGAAUCGCCGAUGAAAGAGAGGAAAAAACAGUCUAAAUUUCCCAUGGUGCAAAUGGUUUCUCCGCCUCCUAUAAGCGAUAAUGCAGAAGCGAUCGUGGAGCCGUCUUCGUCUUCGGCUUUCAGUUGGACGCCUUCGUUGUUGAAUCAGCGGCAAAGAAAUAAGUCGCCCAGGGCGCCACCUAGUGAGUUGGCUUUACCGGAAAAGGAUGCCGGCAAAUCUAUUGAUAAUCACCGCCAUUCCUCUUAA